AUGAAGUUAUGGGAGUUGGAGGAAGAAGAUAAAAGGUUAACAAAAAAAGAGGAAUUUUUAAUAACAGCAAAAAGCGAGGAGGUUAAAAAAGAAAAAUUUAAGCAAGCACUUUACGAAAAUUCUCGGGAAGAAGGACAAUAUUUUUAUCACUUGAGGGAAAAGUUAAAAAAAGAUCAUUUUUGCUAUAUACGGCCAGAAAAAGGCGAAAAAUUACCCCAAGAUCGGAUUAAAGAUCGAUCAGAGGAAGAAAAUGAAGAAAAUGUUUGCCAUGCAAUGCUUUUCGUGAAGCGUAAUUUAGAACAACUCAAAAAAGAACUAAAGCUUGAAGAGCAAACUAACAAUUUGAUGGUAAUCGUAAAGACAUUUUGGGCAAUUUAUCAUGACGAUAGUUUGCUGGAGAUAGUUAAUGUAGAAAGGGCCCACAAAGAAGGGAAGAAUAAAAAAACUAUGCUUUCAAUCAAAUUAAAAGAACUAAUGCCUUUAGAUUUUUCUGCAAAGGAAGCAAAAAAAGGAAUUACAGUUUCAAUGGUUUUCGAUAACUUAGAAUUAAAAUCUUUUGAUCAUUGCUUAGAACUUUUUAACUAUGAAAGAAGCGAAAAUCAAGAAUUAUUUGAUUUCUACCGGGAAACUACUGAUAAGCAAAAACAAAGAGCAGAAUUUAUUCAAGAAAAAAAGAAAAUUGUUAGUCAAACAAAAGAAAGUAUCAACAAUUACGAAAAAAACUUCCAAUCACUAAUCCCAGAUGCUCCCGAACCGAAAAUUCCGGAAAUUACUUCUUGA